AGCCACUUGGUUCCGCGGCCUCCAGGGGCUUCUAGGGCCUUCGCCUCCUGUCACCCGGGUGCCGCGGCGCGGGUGGGAGACAGACGGCCCCCUGGCUGGGUGUUGUCCUCGCGGCCAGCGGGAAGCGAGCGAUCCCUCAAAAGCCUAGGGGUUCUGCGACCCCUCUUACCAACGCCAUGGCAAUUCCAGGUUGCAACAAGGACAGUGUCCGAGCAGGCUGUAAAAAAUGUGGCUACCCUGGUCACCUGACUUUUGAAUGCCGCAAUUUUCUCCGAGUAGAUCCCAAAAGGGAUAUAGUUUUGGAUGUCAGCAGCACAAGCAGUGAAGAGAGUGAUGAAGAGAAUGAGGAACUGAAUAAACUGCAGGCAUUACAAGAAAAAAGAAUUAAUGAAGAAGAGGAAAAGAAAAAAGCAAAAAGCAAAGAGAAAAUCAAGUUGAAAAAAAAAAGGAAGAGGUCUUAUUCAUCUAGUUCCACUGAAGAGGACACUUCAAAACAAAAGAAGCAAAAAUACCAGAAGAAAGAAAAGAAAAAGGAGAAAAAGAGUAAGUCAAAAAAGGGGAAGCAUCACAAAAAGGACAAAAAGAAGAGAAAAAAGGAAAAGCAUUCCUCUGCCCCUAACAGUUCUGAAAUCUCCAAAAAGUAACUGAGACUGGCCUGAGCUAUUAAAUUUAAAAAUUUAGUUUUGAAAAUUAUUUGACCUUCUUUGAAAUUUGCCAUAUAAUUAUGCUUUGCAAUAAAUCACAGCCAUUUCCAUAUAGACAUUUUUUCAUAUAUAGGACCAUUAAUGUCUGACAGUAUUUUAAUGUGCUAUGAUUACAGAGUAUUGAAUCAGUCUUAUUACUUGAUAGCCAUGCCCCAAGUAUGGAUAUCUGUGCAACAAAACUCAUGAUUUUUGGUAUUCCUUUCUGUGUUAAUGUUAUUACUUCAUAAGCUGAUUGUAAAUUGCUUUACUACAGUCAACACAGGCGGUCUACCUAGCAGUAAAUGAAUAUUGCUGGAUUAAGUGUCCAUCUUCCAGUGAUAAAGCAAGGUAGGCUUGACACUGAAAAUUUUAAAAGCUUUAUAUCCUAUGAUAAUGUAUUACUAUUAAGAUAAUGAAAUUCUUCACUUGGAUUUUUUUUUUUUUGGAUGUCAUAGGAGAUGAAGCUGCUUUAUUGGUCUUGACUAGAACUUUUUAAAUGAAUGGUGUCAGCAGGAAUAUGAUAAAUAAUGAAAAUAUUUAUAACAAAAUUUCACUGUUUUCUGAGCUGCCGAGUUUCUAGUACCUGCCUCCUUCGUUUUUGUAACAAAAUAUUUCUUCCUUGUUUAAAAAGACAAGUCUAGUUCAACCUGUUUGUAAGUCUGAUAGAGAUGAUGCUGUGUUGGGCAGGAUUUUUAGGACAGACUCCUGGGUUGUUUUACAAAUGUGCCAUAUUGGCAUGUCUUAAAGAGAUACCUCAAACACAGAGUUUUUUAUUUAGAAGGACAACAGCUAAAUCUUCAUUAGGACUGAUUUUUAUUGUAUUCAGUAUAUAAAUUUUAUGAAGCUUGUUUCUAUGAGUAAUGUGGAAAUUUUUAUAAAUGUGAACAUAUAUAUUUAUUUGUUUGAAAUAAUUUGUAGUUUUGAAGCAGGUUUCCAUUGAAUUUAUGAUUCCAUAAUAUGACCAGUUUGGGGUGUUUCUCUUACUUCAGUCAUAAAUCUCAGGAGCAGUGACAAAAAUUUAGGAUCAAGAAUUUUAUUCUGUACUUUUUAAAAUUUAAUAGCCAGGGAGUUACAUCAUGAAAGCCUUUAUAUAAUAAUGAAAAUUUUGUAUGAGUCAGCAUUGUCAGACACAUAGUAGUAGGUAUAAAUGUUUCUACAUUUUUUUAAUUUCACAAUGAUCAUUGUUACUUACUUUGCUGAACACUCCAAUAUCCCUUACGUCCUAUAAGUUAAAUACUUUCUAUUGUAGCAGCAUCGAAAGUCAGCUAGUUAUCAUGGCACAGCACCAAAGAUUGCCGAGUACCUCACUGUGGUGCAGUUACAAAUUGGUAGCCUACAGAUGUGGCUGUAGGUGUAUUCAUAAUGAUGAAAUCAGGUAAGUGUACAUAACCUCACAGGCUGGAAAGGUGGACUGAUUCUUCCUUCACCCAGCAGGCCUAGCUGGCAUGACCUCAGUAAGACUGGGAGAGCCUCAUAGCUCCUCUGAGCAUGUGCUUACCAGGCGUAGACUCUAGGGAAGCUACGUCCACAUCCCUGUUCUAGCAUUGCAGUCACGGAUGCUGCCACACUUGGAGCUUUUCGAUAACCCAACUUAGUCUGGUGGCCUCCUUUAAAAGACAUCCACUUGUUUAAAUGUGUUAGUCAGUUAUUUGGAGAGAAACACAGAGCUGUUAGGUUUUUAAGGGUUUGUUUUGCCUUUGCUAUAGUUUAUUUUUAAAAGACGGUACUUUAUGAAAAUACAGUCCUUUGAUUAUCAGGAUAAAAAAAAGUAAAAAAAAAAUUCCAACUUUAAAGAGAUGAUUAGAAAGUGCUACAUGCAAAUAGAUGGUCUCAAUUGUAUUGAGGUGUAAUGUUGUUAAAAGUGAUCACUGUAAUGACACAGAGUUAAUCCAGUCAUUUGUAAGUUUUAUUUGUGUUAAUUAUAGAGACAAUAAAUUGGCUUGUCAGAUUUGUUUUUUGAAUGGUGGCAUACUUAGUGGCUCAGGAGAGUCGUAUAAGAUUAGGCCUUCAUUAACUACUAAAGUUUGCAAAUUGAAAGAUUUUAAUGUUGUGUAAUUUUUUUACUCCCAGAGAAAAAUCUUGGAAUUGUUCUUGAUUAAAUUUCCCAUAGUAUGAGAAUAGUUUAUGAAAAAUCUCACCUGAAUAAAAUACAUUUGUUUUUACUAAAAUAAUUUCUACUGCAGUGAUCUUGUUAUUAUUAGGAUUGGAUGUAAAUCUCACUAAUAUAUUGCAGGGGUAAAUUAGUGACAUUUCCUCUCAGGCAAUAUGUAGCAUAAGGAAAAUUGAACUUGGUAGUAAAAAAAAUCCAAAAAUCCUAGUCAUUCUGACUACCUGUGUGACCUUCAGCAAAGUCAUUUACCUUCUCUCGGCUUUGAUGUCUUUCAUCUAUAAAAUAUUGUACCAAAUUAUCUCUGAGAUCCCUUGUAAUCCUUAAUAUAUAUGAUUAUCAAUGUUUUAGUAAAAUUCAAAUAUUAUUAUUUUAGAAAUUAUAUUCAUUUAGGAAUGUAAAUUAUUAUAUUCAUUUAGAAAUUGCUGCAGAUAAGCAGGUAGCAUUCUGUAAUGGUAAAGGUUGAAUUUAUUAAUAUAGCUGUUAAACACAUGUCACUUCUCGAAGCAGAUAGUUGACAUUUGGUUCACAUCCUUACCGCUCAGUGUAUGUCAUUUUCACUAGAGGCAGACAGAAUGUAUUUUUAGAUUUGUAUCUGUAACCCGAUUAUCUGAACAUUUUGAGACUAUUGCUUUUGAGCUGAUGGACCUACACCCUCUCCAGUUCCCUAUUUCUUCUUUCCGUAUCAUCUGUUGGCUAAAACCUCUCAGAGAGAUCCCCCGUUUGUCACAGAAUACGUAUCUGUUUACAUCUUUGGUUCUUUGAGGCUAAAACAUCAAUAAGUAAAACAACUGUGUGUAUCUGUAUUUAUGAGUCUCUCAAAUUACAUGCCUUAGGUUACCUUAAACUAGGUUGAUGAGUUAUCAUUAAUAGUCAAGAUAAAUGCCAUUGAGUCCUUUCUUCAGUAAACAUUUAUUGAGAACUUAGUAUGGCAAACACUAACCAGGGAUACAGAGAUUAAUAAGACAUAUUUGCUUCCCUGAAAGGAAUUCAGAGUUUAGUUAAUAGGGGAAUCAGCAAACUCAUCAUUAGGUAUUAAGUGCAGUAAUUGGAAGACUUCAAGGAGUACCUAAGAGUCUGGAGAAGUUAGAAGAAGCUGCCUAGAAAAGUAAUGCCUGAAGUACAUUUUGAUUGAGCAUGAGAGUGGGAGUUAGAGCAGCUCCUGACAGAAUGAGUCCUGUGAACAAACCCUCAAUAGACAAGGCUGGGGUGUGUGUGUCAAGAAUUACAAGCCUUGUGUAGGACAGGAGUGGUAAGAAUCAAGACCACCAUUCUAAGUUCUUAGUAUAAGAGAAAGAGGUUUUAUGUUCCAUGUUUGGGAGCUUGGACUUUAUCUGUAAGCAAGAGACCCCAUCAGAGAGUUUUAAGAAAAGAAAUGCUACAGUCCCUGGGGUUGCAGAGUCAGACACAACUUAGCAACUGAACAAUGAACAAGGAAAGAAGUGACUUUUAUUAGGGUUUGGUUCCAUCCUUUUCAUAAUCCAAUUCACAGUUUUUAAAGGAUGAACUUGCUUUCAUCAGAAGCCCACGUAAAGAAUAAUUUGAAAAUUUGAUUUUCUGUUAUUUGGUGUCUUAUUCUAGGCCCACUUUUCUUUCUAAGUUCUGAUUAUUUCUAAAAGCUACAGUAACUUAAGUUUUCUAAAAAGCUACUGUCUUCUUUAUCAGACCUAUCCCCAGAAUGGUACAUAAUUUGGAACGCUUUGCUUUUAGUUUUAUUUUAGGUUACUUUUGACAGAAUAUAUUCUGUCGUAAUGUUAGUAUUUUUGGUCAAAAUAAAUCAUUUAAAAUAUAUUUUUCAAUGUACAGACUAUAAUAAUUCAGUAAGCCUUCUUUUAAUAUUUUGUCUCCAUAUAGUGAAUAUCAUGAAGCACAGCUGCUUCAAAGUCACAGUGUCGCACACGGUCCACUCAGGGAGCCCUUCGCUCCCCCUCGGGUUCCCUGGCUGGGCAGGGAGUGCUGCACAGACUCCAGCCCAUACGAGUGCUGAGACUUGAUUUUUCCCGGGCAUUUGGCAUCCAAGAAUAGUAGGAGUUUUUUAUGCCCACUAAGUGAUACUUUCACUUGCAAAGCCCAGGGUCUUCGGCCCUCAUUUUGUCUCCUCCUAACGCCUCCAGAAUUUUGCAGAGUGCCAGGGAAUUGGGUUGCCUCCCUGAGAGCACAACCCAUGAUGCAUGCCCAACCCAAGCUUGCCUUUCCGAAAGGUUGGGAAGAGUCUGGGGAAUCAGGAGGAUUUUGCUGGCCCUGCCCGUCUCUUAAGUUUCCUGCUGCUUAUUCUUUAUGGCCUCUGCUCUUGCCCUUAUGCAACAAAAGUAGACUAACCAGUGCCUUAACUAACUUUCUCAACUGAGAUUUUUACCUGAGGCAACAUCUAAUUAGUAAUAUAACUAUUAUUAUCUGUGUAUCAAGGUAGCCAAUUGUCUGGGAUUUUUUUUUUUCAUCAAAGCUGGAUCUGAGAUCAAGAACUACCCACAAACGCUUUGUGUGCUUUCUCAAAAAAUAAAUGAAAAUUCUUUGCUUUUAUAACCACAUAAAAUGUCAUUUUUGUAGUGGAAAUGUUUCAACUUUCAGACUUCACACAUGCUCUAAGCAAUUUUAACGUUUAAACAUUGGCAAAACUGUGUUCCUUUUGAAUUGGAAAUACAACACAGGCAGUAGGAUGUUGCAAUAAUGACCUAGAAUUAUGCUGUCAAUUUAGCCACACGUGGCUGUUGAAAUUUAGAUUAAUUAAAUGAAAAAGUAUUUCUUCAGCUGCACUAACCACAUUUCAAGUGCCCAGCGGCCACAUACGGCUGGUGGCUACCUUGCCAGACAAGACUGAUGCAGAAGGAACAUUUCCAUCAUCACAGAAACCUCUACUGGACAGUGCUAGAAUUCCCAAUUCUUGGUAGAAAUUUUGACAGGCUAAUGAUCAAAAGUUUCUAACCCUGAGCUUUGCAUGCCAGAGAAAAAUAAAUCAUUCCUUGCCUGCCCCCUACCCUCACAAAUCAGAGUGUAUUUGGCACAUCUUGAAAGGCUAGUCUUCCAACUACAGAAACUUUGUACAACAUAGUGGAUACGUUUAGCAGCGCCAGCUUAAAAUUAAUUCUUUUUUUUCCUAUUGAAUUCCAUUAUAGGACCAGGUCUCCAUUCUUAUAACAGAAAUCAUAUUUAUGAAUAAAAAUCUUUUAAAGCAGGUUUAAUUUGCAGAAACUGUAGCUUUAUUUCUAGAUGUCUAAAUGGUAUUACUGCAGUAGACUUAGGUGGGACCAGAGAAGUAACUUGUUUGCUUUAUAACUUUCAUUCUAGAAAUUCCUUAGGAACUUUAUCAGUGAAGGAUUUUUGUUAUUACCCCUUGGUAUACAGAAAAUAUUUUAUCAUGCAGAUUAUACAUGAUGAUAUAUUUUGUUAUCAAAUGUUAGUUUUUAUAAAGGCAAUAAUACAUUGUGUGCUCAGCAAAUCCUCUGAAAAAGGCAUGGGUUGAUUUCUAAGAGACUUAAGAACAUGCCACUUCUCGUUCAUAAGGCCACCUCUCUGAGAUUUACCUUAUCCAGUACCAUCUCUUAUAAAAAUAACUGCCUCCAAGAAUGAGAAACUUGUGAAAUGCUGGUAAUGUGACAUAAACUUCUCAUUGUUCCUCACUGACAUAGGUGUGCUAAUCUGUGUUACUGAUAAAUUCUAUAAUUUCUCCUGAAAUGUUAGCAUAAUUUCAUGUAAUGUAGAAACAUUAAUUAGCAAAUAAAAGUAAACUUACUCAUGUGGAAAUCUAUCAGAAACCUAGUGGAUAUUUAAUAAAUUAACUGAAUGAUCAAAA